AUGUCUCUCAAUGGCCUUUCAGAAAACGUCUUCCUCCUGGAGAAAUUCACCAAGACCCCCGAUAUCCCUCAUGACAAUCCGAUUCCUGCCCGACUUCUCCAAUGUCAUCCCCUUCGAACACUGAAACUAGAGCAUGAGCAGAGCAUCGUCAGCGCACUCUCCUUCUUGUCGUCUUACACGGACGAUUGCUACAAAGUCUCCGCGAUCUGUGUCGAAGAAAUGCCUGAUGGCCGCGGCCUUUUCAUCAGCAUUGCUGCAAACAGCGGAGAACUCAGAAAGAUGAAAGCAGGACUGGAGAGACUUGCAAAAAUCUUGAUGGACGAAGCAAAAGAUGGUUCGUGA